CUUCAGCGCCCCGCCGGCCUCCCCAGGGCCCUCGUGGACGCGCCCGAGCGACCGGAGCUGCGAGGCCGGGCGGCAGCCGCACCGUCGGGGCCCGGGCCCCGCACCAGGCGCGCCUCGCGAACUCUCGUCUAGGACAAUCGUUUCUUUUUCGAAGAAGGCUUUUUCUUUUUUCUUUUGCGUUUUUGUUGACUUUUUUUGUCUUUUCUGGAGAAGGGAAUUUUGGGGAGGAAGGGGGAACAAGAGAAAGAAGCGCACUCCCCCUCCCCGACACCCCGGGACUUCAGGAAGAGGAGGAAAGCCCGGGGUCCAGGAUGGAUGUGGCGGACCCGCAGCAGCUGGGCAUGUUCACGGAGGGCGAGCUGAUGUCCGUGGGCAUGGACACGUUCAUCCACCGCAUCGACUCCACCGAGGUCAUCUACCAGCCCCGGCGCAAGCGGGCCAAGCUCAUCGGCAAGUACCUGAUGGGGGACCUGCUGGGCGAGGGCUCCUACGGCAAGGUGAAGGAGGUGCUGGACUCGGAGACGCUGUGCAGGCGGGCCGUCAAGAUCCUCAAGAAGAAGAAGUUGCGGAGGAUCCCCAACGGGGAGGCCAACGUCAAGAAGGAGAUCCAGCUGCUGAGGAGGUUACGGCACAGGAACGUCAUCCAGCUGGUGGACGUGCUGUACAACGAAGAGAAGCAGAAGAUGUAUAUGGUGAUGGAGUACUGCGUGUGCGGCAUGCAGGAGAUGCUGGACAGCGUGCCCGAGCGGCGCUUCCCCACGUGCCAGGCCCACGGGUACUUCUGCCAGCUUGUGGAUGGCCUGGAGUACCUGCACAGCCAGGGCAUUGUGCACAAGGACAUCAAGCCGGGCAACCUGCUGCUCACCACCAGCGGCACGCUCAAGAUCUCCGACCUGGGCGUGGCCGAGGCCCUGCACCCGUUUGCUGAGGACGACACCUGCCGGACGAGCCAGGGCUCCCCGGCAUUCCAGCCGCCCGAGAUCGCCAAUGGCCUGGACACCUUCUCUGGCUUCAAGGUGGACAUCUGGUCAGCUGGGGUCACGCUCUACAACAUCACGACGGGCCUGUACCCGUUCGAAGGGGACAACAUCUACAAGUUGUUUGAGAACAUCGGGAAGGGGGACUACACCAUCCCGGGCGACUGCGGCCCUCCGCUCUCGGACCUGCUGAGAGGGAUGCUGGAGUACGAGCCGGCCAAGAGGUUCUCCAUACAGCAGAUCCGGCAGCACAGCUGGUUCCGGAAGAAGCACCCACCAGCUGAGGAGCCAGUGCCCAUCCCGCCCAGCGCGGACUGCAAGGACCGCUGGCGCGGCAUGACGGUGGUGCCGUACUUGGAGGACCUGCACGGCUGCGCUGCCGACGCGGACGAGGACCUCUUUGACGUCGAGGAUGACAUCAUCUACACUCAGGACUUCACGGUGCCCGGUCCCAGAGGAGGAGACCGGUCAGAAUGGACAGAGCCGGGGCCUGCCCAAGGCCCUGUGCAUGAACGGCACGGAGUCGGCCCAGCUGAGCACCAAAUCGAAGGCGGAGCGCCGCGCCAGUGCUGCCUCCAACCCUGCCCGCAAGGCUUGCUCUGCCAGCAGCAAGAUCCGCCGGCUGUCGGCCUGCAAGCAGCAGUGAGUGCGGCUGUGCGCCCGCAGCCUGUCUCCAGGAGCCCCAGCCAGGUGCCAAGGCCCAGGUCCUCCUCAGUCUUCCCGCCAGCUGCUGGCCCGCCGCCUAGGAAGGCCGUCAUGCCCUCCCUGGGGACCACCUCGGGAAUCCAGGGGUCCUGGAGGGCGGCGCUGGGGGACAGCAGGGACUGGGGUCUGGCCCUCCCUCGCAGCCAAUGGACACGGCCCCCGUUGACUUUGCAAUCCUGUGCUGAGCCCCUCCCCCGGCCGGGAGGAGGGUGAGGGCCCGGCGGGGGCCUGGAAGCCUCGCCACGCACUUUACGUCCAGACUACUGGUUCCCGCCGCCCCCCUUCUCCGAGGGGCCACGGAGUGCCUCGGGCCGAGUGAUGUGUUCUGACGCACCCAGCCCCGCCGGAGCCAGGCAAAGAGCAGGCUUGUCCACCGGGAUGCAUGCCCAGCGCCCGGGGAGCCAGCGGCCACCUCGUUUUCGUUUGGUUCCUUUUUCCUUUUUUUUUUCUUUUUUAAGAAAAAAUAAAACAGGUGGAUUUGA